AUGUCAUCGUGUCCACCUCUUGACCCCACCAUGUCACCGUGUCCACCUCUUGACCCCACCAUGUCAUCGUGUCCACCUCUUGACCCCACCAUGUCAUCGUGUCCACCUCUUGACCCCACCAUGUCAUCGUGUCCACCUCUUGACCCCACCAUGUCACCAUGUCCACCUCUUGACCCCACCAUGUCAUCGUGUCCACCUCUUGACCCCACCAUGUCAUCGUGUCCACCUCUUGACCCCACCAUGUCAUCGUGUCCACCUCUUGACCCCACCAUGUCACCAUGUCCACCUCUUGACCCCACCAUGUCAUCGUGUCCACCUCUUGACCCCACCAUGUCAUCGUGUCCACCUCUUGACCCCACCAUGUCACCGUGUCCACCUCUUGACCCCACCAUGUCACCAUGUCCACCUCUUGACCCCACCAUGUCAUCGUGUCCACCUCUUGACCCCACCAUGUCAUCGUGUCCACCUCUUGACCCCACCAUGUCAUCGUGUCCACCUCUUGACCCCACCAUGUCAUCGUGUCCACCUCUUGACCCCACCAUGUCAUCGUGUCCACCUCUUGACCCCACCAUGUCAUCGUGUCCACCUCUUGACCCCACCAUGUCAUCGUGUCCACCUCUUGACCCCACCAUGUCAUCGUGUCCACCUCUUGACCCCACCAUGUCAUCGUGUCCACCUCUUGACCCCACCAUGUCACCGUGUCCACCUCUUGACCCCACCAUGUCACCGUGUCCACCUCUUGACCCCACCAUGUCAUCGUGUCCACCUCUUGACCCCACCAUGUCCACCUCUUGA